AUGCGCGCAGGGCAGGGUACAAAGGGCGCGGCGGCGGCUCCUGCGCACAGCCACACGGCCGGCAAGAUGGCGGACAAAGAGAAGAAAAAGAAGGAGAGCAUCUUGGACCUGUCCAAGUACAUCGACAAGACGAUCCGAGUGAAGUUCCAGGGAGGCCGAGAAGCCAGUGGAAUCCUGAAAGGGUUUGACCCGCUGCUCAACCUUGUGCUGGAUGGCACCAUUGAGUAUAUGAGAGACCCUGAUGACCAGUACAAGCUCACGGAGGACACCCGGCAACUGGGCCUGGUGGUGUGCAGGGGCACCUCCGUGGUGCUCAUCUGCCCGCAGGACGGCAUGGAGGCCAUCCCCAACCCCUUCAUCCAGCAGCAAGACGCCUAGCAGCCGGGGCCGCCCCUCCCCCAGGACUUGGGCCACCCGUAGGAACGGAACUUUCCUUUUUGUAUAGCUUAUGUUUUUGUUUUCUUUAUAAAAUUGCAAAUCUCAAGUGUCCAGGA